AUGUCCAACGAGCAGACCUUCAUUGCCAUCAAGCCCGAUGGUGUCCAGCGCGGACUCAUUGGCCCCAUCCUCUCUCGCUUCGAGAACCGUGGCUUCAAGCUCGUUGCCAUGAAGCUGUGCUCUCCUUCCCAGCAGCACCUCGAGCAGCACUACGCUGACCUCAGCGACAAGCCCUUCUUCAAGGGACUCGUCUCUUACAUGCUGAGCGGUCCCAUCUGCGCCAUGGUCUGGGAGGGCCGUGAUGCCGUCAAGACCGGCCGCACCAUCCUCGGUGCCACCAACCCCCUUGCCUCCGCCCCCGGCACCAUCCGUGGUGACUACGCCAUCGAUGUCGGCCGCAACGUCUGCCACGGUUCCGACUCCGUCGAGAACGCCAAGAAGGAGAUUGCCCUCUGGUUCAAGCCCGAGGAGCUCCAGAGCUGGAAGCAGAGCCAGUUCGACUGGAUCUACGAGAAGGCUUAA